AUGGCAACAAGCAACUAUAUUACCAAAGUCGCCAUUGUCGGAGCUGGUGGAAAUUCCGGAAAAUUCAUGACCGAAGCCCUUCUCAGAACCGGCAAACACACCGUUACAACUCUCACACGUGCUGACAGCAGGAGUGCAUUACCUGAAGGAGUAAUUCCAAAGGUAGUUGAUUAUGAAAAGCCGGAGACAAUUGUGGAGGCACUCAAUGGCCAAGAAGCGCUUGUUAUCACUUUGGGUGCCUAUGCUUUGAGCAACGAAUUCAAACUUAUUGAGGCCGCUGAGAAGGCUGGCGUUCAAUGGAUCUUGCCGAAUGAGUGGUCUUCGUAUCCAGGAGCUAAUGAGCAUAUCAAGGAUAUGUUUUUCUACCAGAUGAAGAGUUCUACUCGUGAAGCUCUGGGAGAGCUCCGGAACUCUUCUUACAUUGGCGUGUCAACUGGUUUCUGGUAUGAGUGGAGUCUGCCCAUGCCCCUAGCAUUCGGGUUCGACAUCACCCAUCGUUCUGUUACCUUCUUUGAUGAGGGAGAAGCUAAGGCUUCUGUAUCAACUUGGGCUCAAGUUGGGCGAGCUGUAGCCGCUCUUCUCAGCUUGCCCGUUCAAGCCGAAGAAGGCAAAGGCGAUGGCUUUCUCAAAAACUUCAAGAACAAAGACGUCUACAUCAACUCCUUUACAAUCAAUCAAAAAGAGAUGUUCGAUUCCCUUCUUCGCGUGACCGGUACCAAGCCAGAAGACUGGACGAUUACCAACGAGAUUGCCGAAGAGCGUCUGGCAGCGGGCCUCAAGGAAAUGCAAGAAGGUAAACACUCGGGCUUUGCGAAGAAAUUGUACACACGUGUCUUUUUUCCCGACGGCUUUGGUGACUACAACACUACAUCUUAG